CGUCGUCGUCGUUCGGCUAGUGGCGGGCAACACGCAGGUCUGCCUCGUUAUUUUUUCUCCUUCUCUCCGCCUUUUCCACCGCAGUUUUAACCGUCGGCCGCGCGUUUACAGUGAGAUAUUAUAUACUAAACACACGCGUCCGUCGUUCCCUUUGUUUUUUUUUCCGCACAUACUCGCGUGGUGCACACACAUAUAUACAUUCGAUUUCGCCCCGCUACGCACUCGGCGGCACACCACAUACGUACGUACGCGAGCCGACCGAGUAUAUACAUACAUACACACGCACACGCCGACGACCACGUAACGUGUGCGCCGCGUUCGUAUAGUUUUAAUAUUUUAAUAUAUACACAUAAUUUGACUACCGACACCCGCCGCGUAUCAAACACACACCGCGACCAACAGUGCCCAGUGUACGCGCGUGUGUGCGUCACGUCUGGUGUCCGAUCGAGUGCCGUGUGUAUUAUCCGUGUGAAAAAACCCGCACCAUUCGCAGUCCGGCGGCAUGUCCGAGAACCGCGCGGGCAACAAUGUCGGCUGGGGCAACCGGGACGACCACGCGGCUGCAGCGGCCAACCUGUGGUGGGGCAACAGCCAGGAACAGCAGCAGCAGCAGCAACAGCACAUGCAGCAACAACAGCAGCAACAGCAACAGCAGCAGCAGCAGCACUUGCUGAACCAGCAUCACCAGCAGCAAUUGGCCGCCGUGGCAGCGGCCGCGCAGCAGCAACAGCAGCAGGCGGCCGCCGCGGUGUCCGCGGCCCAGCAGUUCUAUAAGAUGGCGUCGUCGUUCAGCCACCAGCAGCACCAACAGCUGCAGCAGCAGCAACAGCAACAGCAGCUGAACAACACCGGCGGCGUGUCGACCAGCAACAGCAACAGCAACGUGUCGACGACUGUCACAAGCAGCUCCAGGAAUCCGAUGGCCAACUACGCGGACAGCUACGGUAUUGCCGCCGCCGCCGCGGCUCAAUGGUGGUCGUACCCAGGGGCCAUGGACAACAACAUUCAAAACGUGCACAACGUACCGUCGCCUAACUCGAUCAUGAACCGAGGGAAAAUGCCUAGAGGAAAAGGGACCGAUGCGAAACCCAGAGGUCGUAUGACCGCGUACGCGUUCUUCGUUCAAACGUGCCGCGAAGAGCACAAAAAGAAACACCCUGAUGAGAAUGUCAUUUUUGCCGAGUUCUCGAAGAAAUGCGCCGAAAGGUGGAAGACAAUGAAUGAGAAGGAAAAGAAAAGAUUCCAUGAGAUGGCUGACAAGGACAAGUUGAGAUAUGAUACUGAAAUGCAGAGCUAUAUUCCACCCAAGGGUGAAAAAGUGCGUGGAAAAAAGAGGAAGCAAAUCAAGGAUCCUAAUGCACCAAAACGUUCCUUGUCUGCUUUCUUCUGGUUCUGUAAUGAUGAACGUGGAAAAGUUAAGGCUGUGAACCCAGAGUAUGGCGUUGGCGAUGUAGCCAAAGAAUUGGGCAAAAAAUGGUCUGAUGCUGAUAUUACAGUGAAACAGAAGUAUGAAGCAAUGGCAGAAAAAGAUAAAGCCAGAUAUGAAAGGGAAAUGACCGAGUACAAAAACAAGGGCAAGCCUACCUUGUUACAACAACAACAACAACAUCAAAUGUUGGUACAACAACAACAACAAAUACUUGCACAACAACAGCAACAGCAACAAAUGAUGGCAGUAAAAGAUGAAAGUGACGAAGAUGAUGAUGAUGAAGACGAUGACGAGUGAUCUCUUUCAGAUUCACAUCAGAAUCUUUUUUUUUCUUUUCGUACCUCGAAAAUAUUAAUUUUAAAAUUUGUAAAUACAAAUAAGUUAAUUUUUAAGUUAUAGAUUAAAAAGUAAUUUUGUACAGAAAAACUGUAGAAAAUUGGUUUUGUCUCAACAAAAAAAAAUAAUAAUAAAUAUUGGAUUCAAAUUUUUAAUUUUUAUAUUAGAGAUUCCUAUAUUUUUACUAAAACUUUACAAAAUUUACCGUAAAAAUAUUUCUUUACAGACUGAUAUAUUAUGAUGAAUUUUAAAAUUACAUUUUAAUUUUCCAGGAGUAUAAUAUUAAAUUAUGCCAUUGGAUUUUUUAUUUAAUUAAGGUUUUAACUGAAAAUUACCUCCUGUAAAAUAUAAAUGUAAUUUUAUUUUUUGUACAUACAAUUUUUUUGUUUAUUUUUAUUUUUUUUUUUAAUUUGUAAUUUUAAUAUUAGAAAGAAAACCGCAUGCGGAAAUAAAUUGCGAGAUCUUUACCAUUUCAUUAUUUUCAUAUAGGAGAUUCAUACUCGUAUGUUGUCUAAAUCGAUUUUUAUUUUACAGUAAGUUUGAUUUUUUUGUUAUGGCGAAAAACCACUUUUUGUAUUUGUAAUCAGAUAAAAAAAAUGGAUAUAGUCCGUAACAUACAAACUUGAUACUGUUAAUAAGGAUAUUUAUAUGUACGUUAUGAAAGAUGCACUUACGUGCUGUGUGACAAAUAUUCUCGCAAAAAAAAAAAAAUAAAUAAUAAAAAAUUUAAACAAUA